AAUGCUCUACAACUGUAUAUUGCUUUUUCAUUAUACUUAAUUAAUUUACUGAUGCUAACAAAAAUAACCUUAUUGUCAUGUGUUAUGAAACUGUUAUCAUUAUUGCCUGGUUUUUUACUCACAAAUCAUUUAAUAGAUUUAAUAUUUCUGCCCUGUUAGGUCCAUGUUACAAAACAGAAAUUUCUCUAUUUGGGUAAACUAAAUAGCUAUAUGAUGUGGAUAUAUUUUUUAAAUAUCUGAAAAGUUCUGCAUAGAAAGUAUAACGCUUAGAAUCCUGAGCUAUUCUAACUAACAUAUUUGUGUUCUAAUCUAAGCUGCUAACAUUGGGGAAGAGAUUUUACCAACUCUCUCACGAGAUGAUAUCCGAGAUCUCUUUCCUGGUCCUGAGCACUUCCUGCGGCGCAAAGCCAUUUGGCUUAUGACUCAUAAGGAAGAACAGGGGCACACGAUUCCUGUUGAAGCCCAAGAUUCAUCAACAGAUGAUGAAAAUAAUGAAAGUUCAAACCGAGAUGACCCCAGCACUUCAAAGUUUUUGAAGUUACCCAGCCCAGAAUACGUUCUCUUCACUGAUAGUGAACUACAACACGUGAGACGCGCAUACUUUGAACAGCAGCGUCUUGGAAAAGAGAGUGAAGUCACCUUAUCAAAGGAGCUCUUCUGCCGGCUCAUCCGAAAUACCAUGACAAAUAUGAUCUCAAUUGCAAGAGCCUCUUCAGAUGACUACAAAUACCCCACUAAACAUGAAGUUCUUGCCAUGGCAAAGCGGUUAGUGGAAUACUACCCUAUGAUAAAAGAUAAGUCAACUGGAUCUAGUCACCAGGGGUGCCGCCAGAAAUUCUGGGACUCUGUUGCCAAAAAGCUCAUGAAGCGACUUUCAAAUAUCCGAAGUCCUGUGAAGGCCAAACACCCUCCUUCCAAGAGAGCCCGUCUGGACGAAGAACCUUCUGCUGCAGUGGCAAGUGACUAUGAUGCUGAUUCCAGUGCAUCAACACUUCAUCUAUCACCACCUUCAAAAUCAAGCACCCCACGGCAAGACAAUGACAGCAUCGAUGAAGCAUCCGAUGGUCCAGACACCAGCCUUGACAGCCAGAAAACACAGGCACGACAUUACAGGACUCUACGAGAAAUGUACAAAGCAAAGAAGCCACACAAAGCUGCUGUAACUCAUCUAUUAGACCUGGAGUUCCAGUCCAGAAGAAAUUUCAUCGACUCAAAUACUUUGAAGGAGCAAGACAGACCUAAACAAAUAUUACAGGCAUACCCAUGCUUCAAAGAACUGGACCAUACAAUGGAUGAACUGCGGAGAAUCAUUGAGCCAAACAAUUGCCAAUACAUUUCUGAGGUGAAAGGCAGGUGGGAGACCUUCUACUCCAAGGUUCAGUUUUAUGGUGUCAUGAAGAAAGUCAUGAAGCCUCCAAGGACAUUAAAAGGAGUUGAACAUGCCAUUGCUGUUUUUACCGCCCUGCCAUUGCUCUUCCCAUCUGGCUCUGCAGUACCCAAGAAAGUGGUCCCAAUCAGUGAGGCUAUUUUCCACGUUCUUACGCCCUCAUACCUUCGUUCACCGGACCCUGAUACCUUCGUCCACCGGCGUGUGCUUUCUAGUCCUGUUUUGCUGGUUGGUGAGGAGAACUGCAUGGUGGUUGUAGGUACAACUCCAGUUGUAACCUUUGAGAAAGAUUUGCUCCACGAGGGGCUUCUCUACCUCCUGGCAUAUUACUAUGCAUUCCACCUGACCUAUCCCAAGUGUAUUGCCACACUCUUGUCUGUGUUGCAAACAGAAGUUCUGGUAGAUGUCCUCCAUGAGCAGGACGAUGCAACCCCCUCUUAUAAAAAGGCCAUUCAUGAAUGGAAAAUGUUUGCUGAAUAA